UUAGAAUAAAAAGGAAAAACAAAUAAAGUGAAGAGACUCGAAGAAAACUCGGUCUUCUAGUUUUUGGAUCUGUUCAGUAUCCAUCUCUUGGAGAGGAUUCAGUGCUUACUUUCCGAGAUUUUUUUCAAUCCUUGUUUUCUUGCUGACCAAACAGAAGUUUGAAGGACGAGGGUUCGAUGACCGAAAAAUCGUACGUAUUUUUUCUCCGGGACUGGGGAACACAAUGCAGUGGAUGAUAUUAGCGUUUUAAUCAGUUGACAAUUGAUCGACUGGUUUCUCAAUGGGGCAUGAACUUAAAUCUUGGUUUCAAUUGGAUACCAGGAAACUGAUAUGGCUUAUAGGAAUAACCUUUUCCGUGAUUGUAACAUUCCAGUAUCUUGAACUUCCAUACGACAAUGCUUUUCCGUCAUCCAGUAAGGUUUCAGUAGAGGAACAAAGUAGCUUCUUAGAUAUCAGUCAGUCAUCUGCCGAGUCUGGUUCGGACUUUAAUGGUACAAUUGCUGCUAAUGGGACAGCUCAAGAUGCUGAGAUCUUUGAAGGGAAAGGCAUAGGUUUCAAUGAUGAUGUUAGAUCAGAAGCAGAUGUGGGCCCAAAUAAAUCUUUGGCAUUUGAUGAGGGUAUCGGUGCUCCGAAGGAAUCUUCAACUGCUGUACUGGUUGAGUCAAAUAAUAAUACAAUUGUGGAGUAUGGUGAAUGUUCCAAAUCAGAGGAGUCUGAGAAGGGAGGUGAUAUCACAAGUUUAAACAAUCUGAACCAAACUGGUGCUGCUAAUGAAACUGCUAAAUCGAAUAACUAUGGGGUGUCUGAAGAUGGUUUCACACCAAAACUAGGCUUGGAUAGAUCUUCUAUAUCAGGUAAGGCUAGCAUUUCUUCUAGAGACUCAUCAAGAGAGUCACUGGUAAGUGCAUUGUCCUCAGAUACAUGCUUCGGUACAACUAACACUACCUUAGGAAAAGAUGUUGAUACAAACGUUAGCAUUCCUAUUGUGACUUCCAGUUCCAGUAUGCCUUCAGUGGAGCAACAUGGGACGCCAAGUUUAGACAAUAAUGAGAAAUUGAAAGAGAUGCAGAACAAUUUCACCGAAUCAGGUGAUGAUUCUUCUCCCCCCAAAGCUUCCAAGAUAGAGAAAAAGCCUGAGAUGCCACCAGCAGUAACUACAAUAGCUGAUAUGAAUAAUUUGCUUUAUCAGAGCCGCAUUUCAUACGAAUCGAAGGCACCAGGAUGGUCUUCAAGAGCUGAUAAAGUUCUACUAGAAGCAAGAUUCCAAAUCGAGAAUGCACCCAUUAUAAAGAACGAUCCCCAACUUUAUGCACCUCUUUAUCGGAAUGUUUCUAUGUUCAAAAGGAGCUAUGAAUUGAUGGAAAGGACACUCAAAGUAUAUGUCUAUAAGGAAGGGAAAAAACCCAUACUACAUAUGCCGGUUCUCGAGAGUAUUUAUGGCUCUGAAGGAUGGUUCAUGAAGCAACUGAAAACUAAUAAAAAAUUUGUGACCGAAAACCCAAGCGAUGCCCACCUGUUUUACUUGCCUUUUAGCUCUAGAAUGUUAAAGAAAACCUUAUACAAUUAUCACCGUCUUAAGAACUUCAUAAAGAAUUUGAAGAACUAUGUGGAAACGAUUGCAGAAAAAUUUGUCACCAAAACCCCAAGAGAUGCCUACUUGCCUUCUAGUUCAAGAAUGUUAAACAAAACCAUAGACGAUUAUGAGCCUGAAAGUCCUAAGAACCUUAUACAGUAUUUGAAGAACUACGUGGACACGAUUGCAGCAAAAUACCCUUUCUGGAAUAGAACUGAAGGAGCUGAUCAUUUUCUGGUUGCUUGCCAUGACUGGGCACCAUCUGAAACAAGGGAACCCAUGGCCAAUUGCAUACGAUCCCUCUGCAAUGCUGAUGUUACAGAAGGUUAUAUUUUCAGCAAGGAUGCAUCUCUUCCCGUGACAUAUGUCCGGAACCUGCAGAAACCUCUUGAAGACCUCGGCGGCAACCGUCCGUCUAAUAGACCGAUCCUGGCUUUCUUUGCGGGAAGUAUGCAUGGUUAUCUAAGGCCGAUUCUGCUAGAACAGUGGGGAAACAAAGAUCCCGACAUGAAAAUCUUUGGCAAAAUGCCUAAUGUCAAGGGGAAAAUGAACUACAUUCAGCACAUGAAGAGCAGCAAGUACUGCCUUUGCGUGAGAGGAUACAAGGUUCACACUCCAAGGGUGGUGGAGGCCAUUUUCUACGAAUGCGUUCCGGUGAUCAUUGCCGACAAUUUUGUGCCUCCGUUUUUCGAGGUUUUGAACUGGGAAUCAUUCGCCGUGUUCGUUUUAGAAAAGGAUAUUCUGAAUUUGAAGAAGAUCCUCUUAUCGAUCCCCGAAGAGCGGUAUCUGCAGAUGCAUUCGAGAGUAAAAAAGAUACAGAAACAUUUUCUUUGGCAUACCAAGCCUGAGAAGUACGACGUAUUUCAUAUGAUUCUUCACUCAGUUUGGUACAAUAGAGUUUUCCAAAUGAAAUCCAGGUAAGUGAACCUCAUAUUGUUUACAUAGAUGAUGAGAUUUUGCUAGGGAAUUUGUUCUCAUUAUUAUUCCAUAAUUAAAUAAAAUAUCAAUCAUGUUU